UCUGGUUGUCCUGAAAUUCACUCUGUAGACCAGGCUGGCCAGAACUGCCUCUGCCUCUUGAGUGCUGGGAUGAAGGUCGCACCAUCACUGCUUGGCCUGGCUCCUCCCACUAUUGACACUAGGUUCUGACCAUGCAUUUCCUGUUCUCAGGAAGGGGUCUGCCUCCCUUUGUCAGCCCCUAGGAUAGUUUGCUAGCGGCCCUACAUAAAAGUGCCCUACUGGCCCAGGAGCCUAGGAACUCCAGCAAAACUCCGCGCAGGCACGCAGUAGGACGCCUGCUUCAGCAUGGAUGAAGAAGACAGGCUCUUUUUCUCGUUCACACAAAGGAACCACACGGAUCAGCCAGCGCUCAGGCUUACAUGCCAGAAUAAGUGCAAAGACGCCUCAGCACUUCCUCGCCUCUCACUGGCUUGCCUGCUGCCUCCACCCCUGCAGGUGCAGAAGUACAAGGUGCGCUGUGCAGCGGAGCUGGGUGAGAUCUUGCUGUUGCGUCUGCACAAGGAACGCUUCGCUUUCUUCUGCAAGGACCCCUGGUACUGCAGUCGAGUCAGCGUCACGACCCCAGAUGGCACCGUUAUUCACUUCCCCAGCUAUCAAUGGAUCGAGGGCUAUUGCACCGUGGAGCUGCGACCAGGAACAGCAAGAACCAUCUGUCAGGACUCUCUCCCCCUCCUUCUGGACCACAGGAAACGGGAACUCCAGGCCCGCCAGGAAUGCUAUCGCUGGAAGAUCUACGCCCCCGGUUUCCCGAGAAUGGUGGAUGUCAGCAGCUUUGAGGAGAUGGAGUCAGAUAAGAAAUUUGCCUUGACCAAGACAGUCCCUUGUGCAGACCAGGAUGACAACUCUGGGAGCAGGUACCUGCCUGGCUUGCCCAUGAAGGUUGACCUUCCAUCUCUGCUGCACAUGGAGCCCAACAUUCGCUACUCAGCCACCAAGACAGCCUCGCUGAUCCUCACCGCCAUUCCUGUAUCCUUGGGAAUGAAUAUUCGUGGUCUGCUACACCGCAAGGGCUCCUGGAAGAAGCUGGAUGACAUCCGGAACAUCUUCUGGUGUCACAAGACCUUCAUCUCAGAGUACGUCACAGAGCACUGGUGUGAGGACAGCUUCUUCGGGUACCAGUACCUGAAUGGUGUCAACCCUGUCAUGCUCCAUUGCCUCUCCAGCUUGCCAAGCAAGCUGCCUGUCACCAAUGACAUGGUGGCACCUUUGCUGGGACCAGGCACCUGCCUACAAACAGAGCUAGAGAGGGGGCACAUUUUCCUAGCGGAUUACUGGAUCCUGGCGGAGGCCCCUGUCCAUUGCGUAAACGGCCGCCCACAGUACGUAGCCGCUCCGCUUUGCCUGCUGUGGCUCAACCCGCAGGGGGUGCUGCUGCCGCUGGCCAUCCAGCUCAGCCAGACACCCGGACCAGAGAGCCCCAUCUUUCUGCCCACUGACUGCGAGUUGGACUGGCUGCUGGCCAAGACGUGGGUGCGCAACUCUGAGUUCUUGGUGCACGAGAACAACACGCACUUUCUGUGCACGCAUUUGCUGUGCGAGGCCUUCUCCAUGGCCACACUGCGUCAGCUACCUCUCUGCCAUCCAAUCUACAAGCUCCUGCUUCCCCACACUCGCUACACGCUGCAGGUGAACACCAUCGCAAGGGCCACGUUUCUCAACCCAGAAGGCCUCGUGGACAAGGUCACGUCCAUCGGUCGGCGCGGCCUCAUCUACCUCAUGAGCACAGGGCUGGCCCACUUGACCUACACGGAUUUUUGCCUUCCGGAUAGCCUACGGGCUCGCGGCGUCCUGAACAUCCCCAACUACCACUACCGGGACGAUGGCCUCAAGAUCUGGGCGGCUAUUGAGAGGUUUGUCUCAGAGAUCGUGAGCUACUAUUACCCCAGUGAUGCCUCGGUGCUUCAGGAUUCUGAGCUGCAGGCCUGGGUGGGUGAGAUUUUUACUCAGGGAUUCCUCGGCCGGGAGAAUUCAGGCUUCCCAAGCCGGCUGUGCACUCCAGGAGAGCUCGUGAAGUAUCUCACUGCAAUCAUCUUUAACUGCUCCGCCCAGCACGCUGCAGUCAAUAGUGGGCAGCAUGACUUUGGGGCCUGGAUGCCCAAUGCCCCAUCAACUAUGAGGCAGCCCCCUCCUCAGACUAAGGGGAACACAACGAUGAAGAGUUACCUAGACACCCUCCCAGAAGUGAACACCACCUGUAGCAGCCUUCUCCUCUUCUGGUUGAUCAGUCAGGAGCCCAAGGACCAGGAAAUGAUACUUGAUCUCCAAGGACACACAUAGAAGCAAAUGCCCUUUAGCGGCUAGAUUAUAACUUCUAUGUGAUUUACAAGUCAUCCAUCCAUCCAUCCAUCCAUCCAUCCAUCCAUCCAUCCAUCCAUCCAUCCAAUCACACAUUCAUCCACCAACCACUCAUUGAUCCACCCAAGCAUUAAACAUGGGGUUCCUCCCACGUCAGCAUAGUGCUUGAUGCUAGGUAUAUAAGGUUGAAUGAGACCCCCCACACACCCUCUUGACACCGUCAUGUGACAUACAGGUGAAUGAAGAGGGACAUCAGAGUAUUGUUGGAAGUACUCCUAUAUUAAUCCUCCAUUCAAGAUCUCUUCCUGAGCACUCAUGGUGUACCAGGCAUUGGUGGGAAGCAACGCAUAUUGUUGAGUACUGGGAUAGAGGCAAGGAUAGAGCCUUGUGAAACCCAAGAAAGCUUCACGGAGUAGGUGACAUACAAGCUGAAACCUGUGGGACAAGUAGGAGUUUGGCAGACAGAGGAGGGCCAACGUUGGUUUCUAGGCAAAGGGAGGGACACCCAGGAGUGGAAGGGAGAGUCUCGCGUGUUCUUAUGAUCGCCGAGGAAGUGACACAGCAGGGCAGGGUGAAGGGUAAGGUGGGACUUGACAGAGUUCUUAUUCAGAGGACAAUGAGGCCACUCAAGGCUUCUAAACGAGAAGUGACAUGACUUAAUUUGUUACGGCAAGGGUGUUCAGACUGGCUGAGAGGGACAGGUUUGGAGAGAGGAGACGAGGCAGCUAAGGAGUUGAGGCUAAAGUGAGCAGCGAUUGAAUCAUCGGUUACCAUCACGGCCAUUCACAUACUGCCUUGUCCCAUCACGCCACUCUGACUUCUUGAUCUUGCCUCCAAGCCAGGGUCACGAGUCACCUGUGAACGCCCUCAUUUCUCAUGGUUGGCUUUGUUUGGCUAGAAAUAUGGCAGAUUUUUUUUAAAAAA